UUCGGGAUGGCCUCGGAACGGUACAGUUUUUCACUGACCACUUUUAGUCCUUCGGGAAAGUUGGUACAAAUCGAGUAUGCUCUAGCGGCAGUCGCGGCCGGUGCCCCAUCGGUCGGUAUCAAGGCGGUCAAUGGAGUCGUAAUUGCGACGGAGAACAAGCAGAAGUCGAUCCUGUACGAAGAGCACAGCGUUCACAAGGUCGAGAUGGUAACGAACCAUAUCGGAAUGAUCUACUCCGGUAUGGGACCGGACUAUAGGCUGUUGGUGAGACAGGCUCGUAGAUUGGCCCAGAACUACUUCCUUACGUACCGCGAACCGAUUCCGACCUCUCAGUUGGUGCAAAAGAUCGCCAACGUAAUGCAGGAGUACACGCAAUCUGGUGGUGUCCGUCCGUUCGGAGUAUCUCUGUUGAUUUGUGGCUGGGAUGAGGGUCGACCUUACCUCUUCCAGUGCGAUCCGUCCGGAGCGUACUUUGCGUGGAAAGCGACGGCCAUGGGCAAGAACGCCAACAAUGGUAAAACUUUCCUCGAGAAGCGCUACAGCGAAGACCUCGAGUUGGACGACGCGGUCCACACGGCCAUUCUAACCCUGAAGGAAGGCUUCGAGGGGCAGAUGAACGCGGACAACAUCGAGGUGGGCAUCUGUGAUGCGAACGGUUUCCGCCGGCUAGAUCCCUCGGACGUGCAGGAUUAUUUGGCCAAUAUUCCAUAAGGGAAAAUGCGGAGAUUUUUUUGGAACCGGAACGUAAUGUUGUGGUUCGAUGAUACCGAAAUAAAACAUACUUUUGAAGCUCCUUUGCUCAUUUCUAACGGUAAAAAAUAGUUGUCACUGUUUUCA